AUGGCCUUGAAGCUUGACGUCGACUUCACAUCGCAAGACAUGGAGAAGAGCCACGAACUCAUUACGCAUGCUCAAUGUGUGCACAUUCAGCUCGCGCGCCAUAUUGUGAAUGAAUUGUCCAAUGUGGAGGCGAGUACUCCUGCACAGCCACCAGCCACAGCUCUCUAA